AUGGCAGCUGCUGCUCGUAAUCAAAGGGGACAGCAACAAUUGGUGCCCGUAUUUACAUACGCAGGCGCUACAAUAACAGGCCUCGUUCGCCGUCCUAUUCCCAAGUCCCAGGGGAAAUACUUCAUUCGACUUGCUGUUGACGGUGGGAACAUCGGGCAGAGCAGGGAGAUCAAGACGAGAAAGGGCACGGUGUCAUGGACCAUACUCAAGGUCACACUGUACAAGAGCCACAGUAAAAGACCGGUGGAAGAAGUGGGCAUGGCUGAGAUGCCCCCAGGCCAGUGGUUGGAGACCAAGAAUCCCAUACCACUAGUCUGUAGUUCGACGUCCAAUGCCACGCCUGUGAUUCAAAUCAACUUGGUCUGCAACUCGGAUGAGAAGGACGGGGCCGAGCCUGGGACGGACGACUCCAGUGUGGGGCUUGUCGUAAAUGAGGUCAUCGCAGCUUCAGGAACAAUGCACGUUUUAUCAACAAGAGGUGAUUUAGAGGACAUUGCGAGCAGAGUGAAAGACCGGGAAGACCCAUUGGAGAGUAUUGAGAAUGCGUGGGGUCCAUUGUUGGACAAGAUGAAUUGGUUUGUAGAUGUGACCAACGUGGUGUGCGAGGUCCAUCCAUUCGCAAAAAUUGCUUGCUCGGCAAUAAAGGCUGCAUACAAAGCUGUGAAAGCUCAAAGAGACCGAGAUGAGAAGAUCAUGACACUCGUCGACACGAUGGAGGAAACGUAUGAUUUCAUCAAGGAAGCGCGUCAAUCAGACAAGGACGCACGGGAACUGGACAAGAUCAGACACUCUCCAGGUAACGACCACUCGCGGGAGAAAGCGUUGAUUCGACUGGCCAGUCAGACAAGCGAGUGUGCUGACUUCAUCAAAACGUAUUGCAAAGACAAGGGCUUUUUAUCACGGCUCGCGAAGCAGCUGAAAUCCAGCCCUGACAAGGUCAUCAAGCGAUAUCAGGAUGCUUUCAUCUCAUUGAGGCAAGACUUCCGAGAUGGGUCAAAACUCCGGAUGGAGCUUGCGACAUUUCGCAUGGCGUUGAAGACCGAUGAGAUAGUUGCUGAGGUCGAGGCUAUGGGCGCUACGCUGAAUAUCGACGACAUCCAUUAUGUCGAAGAAGCGGGUUAUGAUCCUGACAAGUGCUGUCUCCCUGGCACUCAAACCGCACUGCUGGAAACGAUCACAGAAUGGGCGAAUUCGGAAAGUUCUAAGACCGCCGGGAUCUUUGUCCUCCUUGGACUUGCUGGCACGGGCAAGUCUACAAUUGCGCACACGAUCGCAGGCCGACUCAGUGAAAGUGGUCAACUUGGGUCGAUGUUCUGUUUUAACCGGAACGAGGCUGGGACACGAAAACCCGUUGCUCUAUGCAGAAACAUUGCGAAUGAUCUAUGUGCUGGUCGCCCCGCGUUCAAGGCCGCGCUCUCCAUGUCUGUUCGGGAUGAUAAGAACACGUGCGGCACGGCGAAUAUUGUCACCCAGUUCCAAAGAUUCCUUCUCAAGCCAGCUGGGCAGCUGGAUGCGAGCGGCACGAUCGGGAUUGUAGUGGAUGCGCUUGAUGAAAGCGGCACGCCAUCUAAGCGCAAACAAAUGCUUCAAGUUCUGGCAAGGGGAGCGAAAGAGAUUCCGGUGUGCUUUCGUUUCUUCCUCGUGGCCAGGGAUGAGACUGAUAUCAGUGAUGUCUUCCAACCGACGGAUAACGUUCACGUGACACGGUUAUCCACCCUUGAGAGGCAGGAUGACCUCGUCAAAGACAUCCUUGCUUAUAUCCGUUACUUUUUCAACACAGACAUUAUCAAGGUGUCACAGCGAGCUAUGGAGAGCGCACUUUCAGACGAUCAGUUCAAGGCUCUAGCAAGAAGAUCCGAGGGCGUAUUCCAAUGGGCAUCUCUUGCUUGUCAAUAUAUCACGACUAGCCAAGCAGAACUACCCCUCACACGGUACCGUCACGUAAUGGCACAUCAGGAUAACGGUCUGGACGAGUUGUAUAAGACGGCGCUUGCAGCAGUUUUCCCUCAACAAACACAGGACUCUUAUAUGGAGGGUACUGCACAUUUGAAUUUCUUCAGAUCGGUUAUGGGCAUGAUCCUCACGUUGUUCAAACCACUGCCGAUGACUUCUAUUCUCGCAUUUCUAGACUCCGUAUAUCCCGAACCUCCGGUCGACUGGGAGAUCAUGCUUCGAUCUCUCGGAUCACUGCUGAGCGGUGUUAACGGUGUUAACUUGGAUGAAAAGAUACGGCCUCUCCACAUUUCCUUCUCCGAGUUCCUCCAAGAUGCCUCACGAGCUGGAGAGUUCUUUAUUGGUAACUCGGGCCACCACGAAAGACUUGCUGAAGCCUGUCUCCGGCUCCUCGACGCCCAGCUACAUUUCAACAUAGGCGGUAUCGCGUCCUCUUACCUCUCCAACUCGGAUAUGCGGGCAAGAGGAGGAUUCAAGAACAAAGUGUCAGCAGAACUCGCAUACGCCUGUGCUUACUGGGGCCAUCAUCUGGCGCAGUGCAAUGACGAAUUCCGACAUCGUUUUGAGAUCGCCUGCUUACUUCGCCAAUUCUUCACGAGGAAGCUUCUGUUCUGGGUAGAGGCUGCGAGCGUCGCGGACAUUCUCCAUGAAGUACAUGCGUGUUUGGAUGCGGUUGGGGAUCGGUUACCGGCUGAAAUCCGCAUAAUAGCGCAGGACGCAGGACGGUUUAUUCGCACAUUUCGUCCCUGUAUCUCGAUCUCGGCAGCACACACGUACAUAUCCGCGCUGGGUUGGACGCCGACGACAUCGAAGGUUGCGGAUGUGUACCGUGGGUAUUUUUCACAUAUACAUCGAGUGGCAUCUCCUCUAAAUACCAUGUGGCCUGCGCCUAAGCACCUUCCCGAGCAUGAUGCAGGGGUGUUGUGUGUCGUGUUCUCAAACGAUGACAAGCGCAUCGAGUCCGGGUCCGACGACCGCACGGUGAGGGUGUCGAACGCCGCAGCUGAGGAAGACUGUAGCCCCGUCGCAGCUAUUUCCCAGACUGUUGCAGCACUUGAUGUGCGUCUCCGGGUACCUUUCGAUUCCAUCGCGACCUGCGGCGUUAUCGACAUUGGUUCAAGUCCAUCCCACCCCGACUCACAGCAGACAUCUCUGGCGAACCAACCAUUGGGAGGUUUUCCAUCACCAGAGGACACCACAGCAGCCAAUCCUCUGGCUCGUAGCCUGGCGCCGUCCGUUUUAUCAUGUGAAUGUUCGGACCCGGAGGAAGACGAAGCGGCCGAUGACUUGGACAAUAAAUGGGUGCUGGUCGGAAGUCGCCUUUCACUCCUCCCCUUCUGAGCAUCAUCAAAUGAUACAGCCAUACAUCCCUCCG